GGCUGGACCGCAUGCAUGACACAACGCAAAGGCGAGAAACCCACCAUCAGCAUCCAGGAGCACAUGGCCAUUGACGUGUGCCCUGGCCCCAUCCAGCCCAUCAAGCAGAUCUCAGACUACUUCCCCCGGUACCCCCGGGGCCUCCCCCCCGCUGCGCCCCAGCCAGCGGGCCACGCCGGGCCCCUGCGCCCUGCCCUCUCCACCUCCUCGGCCGCCGCCACUGGCGAAAGUGACCGAGCCAAUGAGGACACCCCGGACCGGGCUUGUGCCGGAGCCGCCGCCGCCGCCGCCUCCUCUCAGGCCGCCAGGAGGGAGGAGGAGCCCGACGUGGAGGCGUACGACUCCGACGACUCCACCACACUGGGGACCUUGGAGUUCAGUUUGCAGUACGACCAGGAGAACAAUGCACUGAACUGCACCAUUAACAAAGCCAAGGGGCUCAAGCCGAUGGACCACAAUGGGCUCUCAGACCCGUACGUCAAGCUGCACCUGCUGCCCGGUGCCAGUAAGGCAAAUAAACUUCGGACCAAGACCCUGCACAACACACUCAACCCCGUGUGGAGCGAAACCCUGACCUACUACGGCAUCACCGACGAGGACAUGGUCCGCAAAACACUCAGGAUUUCGGUGUGUGAUGAGGAUAAAUUCCGCCACAACGAGUUCAUCGGGGAAACGAGAAUCCCUCUCAAGAAGCUGAAGCCCAACCAAAUCAAAAAUUUCAACAACUGCCUGGAGAAGCAGUUACCUCUGCCUGCACCUUUGUCUGGCGGACAAAUCCUCCGGUCAGUGACGGGUUAUACUAGAGAAGUCAACAAGACAGAAGACAAAUCCCUGGAGGAGCGAGGACGCAUCAUGAUUUCUCUCAAGUACAACACGGUGAAGUCCUGCCUGGUGGUCGGCAUCAUACGCUGCGCCCACCUCGCCGCCAUGGACGCCAACGGCUUCUCCGACCCCUACGUCAAAACGUACCUGAAGCCGGACGAGAACAAAAAGUCAAAGCACAAGACGCUUGUGAAGAAGAAGACGCUCAACCCCGAGUUCAACGAGGAGUUCUCUUAUGACAUCAAAUAUGCAGACCUCACCAAAAAGACCCUGGAGGUGACGGUGUGGGACUACGACAUCGGGAAGUCCAACGAUUUCAUAGGUGGUGUGUCUCUGGGUAUCAAUGCAAACGGAGAGAGGCUCAAACACUGGUUCGACUGCCUCAAAAACAAGGACAAGAAAAUUGAGCGCUGGCACACGCUGACCAACGAGUUACCUGGUUCGUUAAAUGACUGA